AUGGGAGAUUCAAACCCUUCUGCUACGGAUCCUGAAAGUGAAAUUUUCGGACUAACAUACAACGUUUCUGUUAUGUCUAAAGUAAAAUAUUCUGCAAUGGGAUCUCUGUUUCCUUGUCUUCCAGAUGAAAUUUGGUUGGAGUGCCUGCUGAGGGUGGAGUUGAACUCUCAUCACAACCUCAGGCGUGUCUGCAAAAGCUGGAACGCUGCAUUGAAAAACCCUCACUUCUAUCAAGGAAGAAAUUUUUUGAAGAUUUCCGAGCAACGGAUUUGUAUGCUCCAAAACAUAAACGGCGUCUGCAAGAGAAUAGCGUUAUACGACAUGCAGAAGAACUCGUGCAAAAAUCUACCGCCUAUUCCCGCAAAUAUUCUCCGCAUCUUAAGCUGCUAUUUCGUGAAACAAAAACUAGUUUUGUUGACGGAUAUGGUUGCCGAAAAUACAAGGAGUUGGAUAUGGUUGUACGAUUUUUCUUGUUCCAAAUGGCGGCAGGGCGCUCAAAUGACUAGAUGGCAGACUGGAUUUGCCUCCGCAGCGGAUGAGCACGGGGGACUGAUUUAUGUGGGUGGAGGGUACGGCGGGUUUUACAACCCGGUCCGUAGCGCUUCAGUUUACAAUGUGGAGGAGGACAAGUGGCAUCGUCUCCCCGACAUGAACACCUACAUGGAGGAUCUUAGAGGUGUUUUUGCUGACGGCAAGUUUUAUGUACUGGGCAAGCCGUCUUGGCCCACUUUUGAGGUUUUUGAUUCCUACACGAGAAGUUGGAAAACUCUCGAGAAUAGAUUCAACAGUAUGCAUUUCUUAAGUGUAUUUGGACGCUUGCAUUGUUUGUCUAGUAGGGGAUUGAUUGAAUAUGACUAUAGCCAAGACAAGCUACACAUUGUAGGGCCUCUUCCAACGGAAGACUGUGAGAUAAUUAACUUCGCUGUAGUGGUUGGCCAUAAAAUCUUUUUGAACAAAUGGGAUCCCAUUGAAAUUGAAAGUUUUUAUAUGCUUGCACCUCCAAAUGAGACAGAAGGAGAAAUCAAGUGGGUUGGCAUUGAGAGACUAUCGGGCCUCAAGGGUUCUGCUAUACAUGCUGCUACCCAAGUGGAUCUUUGA